AACAUGGCGAUGGCAGGAUGAGGAUGAGGUGAAGAAGCAGGGGGAUGUGAGAGCUGCAGCUGCACAGACACACAAGCGGGGCAGAGAGCACAGCAGGGGGGAUUGCAGCAGAGGAAAGGAGAAGGGGGAAAAAAAUUAAAAACACCCAACCCAACAUUUUCAUGGAGAGCAAAAAUCCCAUGCAAGCUGGGGAGGAUCAGGACUCCUUUGAGCUGAGACCCUUGCAUCAAAAUGCUGAUAGUUGAAAAGACAACUGACUACCCUUCCGCUGAAUACUCUCUGGUGGAGGAUGUAGCCCUCCACUUCACGUGUUUGAUGGACAGACUGAAUGAGCAGCGCCUGUUUCAGCCGGACCUGUGCGACGUGGACAUCGUCCUAGUUCAGCAGAAGAGCAUCUUCCCCGCCCACAAGGGGGUCCUUGCCGCGUACAGCCAGUUCUUCCACUCUCUCUUCACCCAGAACAAGCAGCUGCAGCGGGUAGAGCUCUCCUUGGAGGCUUUGACUUCCCAAGGCCUCCAGCAGAUCCUCAACUUCAUCUACACCUCCAAGCUGCUGGUGAAUGCCUGCAAUGUGCAGGACGUCCUGAACGCCGCCGCCGUGCUGCAGAUGAACAACAUCGCCUCCUCCUGCCAGGAGCUCAUCAACACCAGGUCCCUCAGCCUGGCCAUGGCCAGCGACAUGGCCCUGCCCCCCGACGCCUGUGGCAACGCUGUGCCCCCGCAGUACUACUGUGAGAUUAAGCAAGAGGUGGAUUCUCUGCACCCCAAGAUCUACGCCCGGGAAGGAAACGAUCCCUACUCGGUGCGAGUAGAGGACAGGGUGGGUGGAGGCGGCAACCAGCACCUCCCGGCUGUGCCUGCCAAGCAGUAUUACAAGGAGGAGAAGGACAGUGGCCUGGCCACCAUGUGUAAGAUGGAGGGCGGGGAGUCCGAGGAGGAUCUGGACAGCCAGGGCUCUUACAACCGGGAGCAGAUCAUUGUGGAGGUGAACCUCAACAACCAAACCCUCAAUGUCUCCAAGGGGACGGAAGGGAAGCCCACCGCCAACGAAGCUGCCGCCGUGAUCAGCCGACCAGACGGGGAUGGACGUGACACCGAGGAGGAAGGGGAGGAGGAAAAUGAGGAAGCGGGGGAGGAGGAGGAGGAGGACGCUGAGGUGGGGGAGGAGGAAGAGGAGGAGCACAGCGAAGAGGAAGACCUGGAGGAGACCACCGAGGAGGAGGAGGAAGAGGAGGACGAUGAAGAGGCAUCUGAAGUGAAAAGGGAAAAACCUGGGCAGCCCCGCAGGGGGAACAGGUCGUCCAAGGCCACCAAGUCCACCAUGUCCACCAGGUCCCAGGAUCUGGCCAAGGCGGUGGAGGAAGAGGAGGGCCAGCGUGGGAGGAAGAGGAGAAAGGAGCAGGAUGGGCUGGGCCCGAAAGUCAAGCUGGAGGAGAAGCAGCACUACCCCUGCAAGAAGUGCCCCCGCGUCUUCAACAACCGCUGGUACUUGGAGAAGCACAUGAACGUCACCCACAGCCGCAUGCAGAUCUGCGACAAGUGCGGCAAGCGCUUCCUGCUGGAGAGCGAGCUCCUGCUGCACCAUCAGACGGACUGCGAGAAGAACAUCCAGUGUGUGACAUGCGGGAAAGCUUUUAAGAAACUCUGGUCUCUGCACGAACACAAUAAAAUUGUCCAUGGCUACGCGGAGAAGAAGUUCUCCUGUGAAAUCUGCGAGAAGAAAUUCUACACCAUGGCACAUGUGCGGAAACACAUGGUUGCUCACACCAAGGAUAUGCCGUUCACAUGUGAGACGUGUGGGAAGUCGUUCAAACGCAGCAUGUCCCUGAAAGUCCAUUCUCUUCAGCACUCCGGGGAAAAGCCUUUUAAAUGUGAGAACUGCAACGAGCGGUUCCAGUACAAGUACCAGCUGCGCUCUCACAUGAGCAUCCACAUCGGACACAAGCAGUUCAUGUGCCAGUGGUGUGGAAAGGACUUCAACAUGAAACAGUAUUUCGAUGAGCACAUGAAAACACACACGGGUGAGAAGCCCUACAUCUGCGAGAUCUGCGGCAAGAGCUUCACCAGCCGCCCCAACAUGAAGCGCCACCGCCGGACCCACACGGGAGAAAAGCCCUACCCCUGCGACGUGUGCGGCCAGCGUUUCCGCUUCUCCAACAUGCUCAAGGCCCACAAGGAGAAGUGCUUCCGGGUCAGCAACCCCCUGGCUUCGGACACCACCAACCCCGCCAACAAUGGCGGCGGCCUCUCCGCUCCCCAGGGUGCCCCCUCGCCUCACUCACUCACUUUGCCGCUGCUCCACCCCGUGCCCCCUCCUCCGCACCUACCGCCACCGCCUCCCCUGUUCCCAGCCGGGCGGGUCAAUUCGAACAACUAGGCCAGCGUGCGCCCGGACUGCUCUGCCACGCGGGGAGUGCCCAGCGGGCUGCUCGUCGGCGUGACGCGGGGAGAAGGAGGGAGGCGGUUCAUUCUCUCUCUUUCAAUUUUUUACCCCCCUUGGUUUUAUGACGAGCCCAUCAGCCUUCCGUCGAAAGGACGUUCAAUCAGGGUGUAGACAAACGGCUCUUCCUUCCCUCCUCCUUCCAUGGCUUUAGCGUUUCCCAAGCCCUGCUCAGAGUCCUCCUCCCGCCUCACCAGGCAUUGUUGCUGAGCUGGUUUACCUCUGCCGCCUAGUGCACUGUUGUAUCAGGGUAACGCUUAACACAAUGUCUUCCCGCUUGCACGUGGUCCUCCAUGUUCCGUGCGAUUACAUUAGACUAACAGUGCACAGCUCACGCUCAGCCCCAUAGAGCCAUUUUCACUAGUUCCUUACGGCAGCAGUAAGGGUUUUUUCAGGGCCGCCCAGAGGGGGAGGGGCAAGUGGGGCAAUAUGCCCCGGGCCCCACAGGGGCCCCACAAACCCUGGUCCAGUGGCGGUCAGGGUCUUCGGCAGCGG